AUGGCUGCUUCUUCAUUUUCCGUUACCUUAACCACCAAAAUCCCCAAAAUCACUUCUUCAAGCCACCACAAAUCCCAUAAUUCCCAAAUUACCCAUCUCCGAUUCAAACCUUCCCCUAUUCGCACCCUCCUUCACUUCACACACAAACCAAUUAGCCUCCAUACCAACGCCGUCUCAGUCCAAUGCCUCUUCACCGGCCUCGUCGAAGAAAUCGGCACCGUCAAGCAAAUCGGAGCGUCCCCUGACGGCGGGUUCGACUUAAAGGUCAACACAAAGACAGUUCUCGACGGCGUCAAUCUCGGCGACAGCAUCGCCGUCAACGGCACAUGUCUCACCGUGACAGAAUUCGACACGAAAGCUUCCGAUUUCACCGUCGGUUUAGCCCCGGAGACGCUGCGAUCCGGCUUUCAAUUCGGAAAGGGAAGUUUUUCACAGCGUCUCCGGGGCUAA